UGUCCAGCCUGCCUGGCGCAGGCAUGAUUCCUCGCUUACGAGACGGACCGUCACCCCCUGGAAGUGUCACCAGCGAAGAUUUCUCCUGACCAAUCAGAAGCUCCAGGAUCAGAAGGCGGAGUUUGAGAAGUAUCGAGACAAACUGAUCCAGGGGUACCAGGAGGAGAAGAUCAAACUGGACAAGGAGAACCAGGAUCUCCAGAAGCAACUGUCAGCGGCAGACGAGUACAGGGCCAAGUAUUUUAAGAAGGAGGAGGAGACGGAGGAGUUUGCCGGUCUCACCACGCAGGAACUAGCCAAAGUCAAACAUCUGGUACUUCACGACAACUCUUUCUCACGUCUGCUGCAUGGGGAACUCUUCUGUCUUUGGUGGUUGGUUGUUCCAUGCGUUCACGAACCGUGACCUCAGUGCUUUCGUCUUGUCUUAUCUCCAUUUUUUUUUA